AUGCCAGUCGAGGACCUCGCCGCGGUGCACUGGCGCCGCUUUGUCUACCUCAAGCUGGCGCGUCGAUGGCACGCGCUCUGGUGUCGCUGGAGCCCGAGCGGCGAGCUGCGCUCCGUCUUUGAUGCGGAGCGGGCCUUUGAGCCGACGGGAAAAGGCUGCUCGAUGCAGGUCGUGUACCACUACCGCGACGAGCGCGGCACGGUUGCGGAGGGUCCGCAGAGCGGCCCGUGGCACCUCACCGAGGAAGCCUGCAGCACGCCGCACGGGAUGCUCCACCCCGCCUCGCCCGAGAUGACGACGCUGCUGCUGCCCGGAGGGCCGAGCGCGUGGUGCAUGAGGCGGAGCCCGGCGGGCACUCCCUGCGCCGCCGAGCUCUUCCUCCACCACGGCGACCACCUGAGGAUGAGCGCCGGCGUCGUCCACUCCGCCGACGGAACGCUCCAGCAGCUCGCCCUCGUCCGCGAGGACGCUCGUGGGCCGUGGCCUUCGGCCGCCGCUGCCGAGGGCUGGUCCGAGAGCUGCGAGGCUGCGGCGCGCUCGCUGGCCGGCGUCGCGUGGCAGAGCACGAGGGUUGGGUCGGCGUCGGCGGCGGACGCGGUGCUGCUGUGCGCUGGCGGGACAGUCGCGGUGGUGGCGCCCACGCGGCGCGUCGCCAACCAGCCCUUCUCCAGCGCCGCCGCGUGGUGGCCUCCGCAGCACUCGACGGCCGACAGCGGCGAGGGCGAGGCAGUCGGCGGCAGGCGGCUGUACACUGUCGAGGCGCACUGGGACGCCGAGGGCGGGCUGGCGGAGGUGCGGUGGCUCGUGUUUGAGGCGUGA